AUCCAUACUCAUUUGAGUAGGUUAUGGUUGUGUUUUGAUUAAAACUUUUCGGUUCAUCAAUUUGUUUCUUUGCGCCUCGUAGAUGUUUUUGAAAGAUUAAUUUCGGACUGUCAAUCCCUUAUCUUUAAGUUUAGUUCCGACCCCUCAACCACCAAUCAAAUUUUUGUGGUCAUGGCAGAUGAAUCUCGGAAUAUCGAAAUCAAAGCCAAGGUUCACGAUUUUGAGUAUUUCAUAAGGAAGUCCGAGGAAAUUAGUGGCGGAAAAGGUACAUUUAUCGAGCAAGAAGAUAUAUUUUUCAACGUGCCGAACGGUAGAUUAAAGCUCCGAUUCAGGGAUAAGAAUACCGAUUGUGGAGAGUUGAUCUAUUAUGAGCGGCCAGAUCAACAAGGGCCAAAGCUCUCCAAGUUCAAUAGGAGUAAUUUUGGUAACAGUAAAGACCUGCAACACAUUUUGGCAUUGGCUUUAGGUAUCAAAGGAGUUGUAAGGAAAAAGCGGCUCCUUUAUCUGACCGGUCAGACAAGAAUCCAUGCAGAUUUAGUCGAAAACUUAGGCUCUUUCAUGGAAUUGGAGGUUUGCUUACAAAAGAAUCAGACUCCAGAAGAAGGUAUGCGAAUAGCAGAAUCGUUGAUGAAUCUACUCGGAGUUUCAAGAAGCGACUUACAACCUAAAGCUUACAUCGAUUUACUCGAAGAGAAGUUUAAUUCAGCAAUUGCAUGCUAAGUCUUCAAAAGGUGCUCACUGUAAAUAACUUGCUCCAUUCCAUCAGAUAACAGCUGUAAAUUUCCCUGGUUGGAAUCUAUCAGCUAGAAUUUUUUCUGUUCUUUUUUAAUGUCCAUGCCAAAAUGUCUAGUAGUAAAAUGAGCACAUACUUUUCUGACGUGAAGUUAACAUUCCAAACACUGAUUUUCGGCAGUGACAAAUGUGACUGCUUUAAUAUUAUUGAAUUGUCAGAAAUGUAUGGCAUGAGAAAAAGCAGAAAAAUGCUCCAAAUGCCCUUUAAUUGAUCUCUAGACUUGAAGUAGCCAAUGCGUAAGACUCGGUAACUGAAUUUUUCACAUUAAAGAAAGCAUUAAAUGAGAUCAAAAGUGCUCAAUUCCAUCACAACAUGUUUUUCCCCCAACUUAAUAUUUAUCUCAUAAAUAGCGAAUGGAUAAACCCUUUCAUUAUUCGAAUUUUCAUUGGAGGGAAAAUUGUUGUUGUUUACUGAACUGAUUUUUCAUGAUGUUAAUUUAUAACCCCAUGUGGAAACGUUGCAGCAGUGUUUUACCUUUUAAAGCCCACAUGCUGCAAACUAUUCUUUUAUCCCUAUUGAGAAAUGGCAGGAUUUUAUAAAAGUAGCCAUAGUAAUAUUUUAAAUGUUUAAAACAAGUUCCUCUCUAUUAAAUAAUUAGUCAGGCAUAACUUUUAAAAAGUUCUUAUGAAUUAUUUUUUUUUCUUUUCUCUUAAUAUCUCUGAAUAAAAUUGGAACAAUUUUAAUGUUUGUAAUGAUAUUGUGACUCCUGAUCUUCUUUUGACAAAAAUUGGAUAAGAUAUGAGUCAAAUUAUUGUAAGUAGGUAAGUACUUUCCUUGGUUUUCCUACCAAAAUAACCUAUUUUGUAAUUCUUUUCUUCAAGUAUGCAUCAGCUUUUAUUUGCUGAAGGUAAGAUUUUAUUUACCUCAGUAGAUCAGAUUUUAUAAAAAGUUCUAUAAAUAGAUCAUCUCUAACAAUGUCACACUGGAAGGAAGCAUCUCAACUUAAAUUCAGCCAUCAGAGAAUUUCAGCUCCUCCUAGCUGUUGUGAAAUUAAAAUGUGUCCAGAGUGUUUUAUAUUCUGAGAGCCUCUUCAUUUCUAUUGUGCCAUUCCAAGGAAGAACGCCGUCUGAGCCUUCAGACGUUGCCAUAUUUCCUUCCAGAUGAAACAAAUUUACUGGGAAAAUUUUGAAUAUUAUUCUUCAAAUUUUUCAGACAAUUUUGUUUGCAAUUUAAUCUAAAAUGUCUCAAAAUUUCAACGAAAAAUAUGCAUACCUUUCCUCAAAAAUAUGUGUUUUAUCCGGGAAUUUUAGCAUCUCUGGAAUGUUCACACAACUUUCUUCCCUAGCACGGCAGUGUAGAAGUAUGAGAAGCUGUUUUGGGUAAUGGUUCUCGAUUGCUCACUGUUUAGGCUGUGAUGAAAAUAAAGAAUAAAUACGAAUGGCUUACAUAAAUAUUUUGAGCGAUUUUAAGGAACAAAUUCCGAUUUCAAUUUAAAAGAAGAAAUAAUUGAGAUCUUGUCAGUUUGUUCUACCAUUUAAACUUAGUGAAUUUAUCAUUUUGUUUCCCUUUGAUUGAUUUUUUGAUUAGUUUUUAAAGCAUGCCAUUAAGUUAGCUAAGCAUAAAGUUAAAUUAGAUCAUUGAAUCAAUAAAUUGUAUUAAAGUUUGGAAAAA